AUGAUAUUCAUCCAAUUUCUAUCAUCAUUUGUGACCUUCAUUAUAUGUGUAGUGGCCACUCAAAGCACUGUUGACAUUUUUUGCAAAUCAUUGAGCUCAGGUAAUGCAGUGAGCUUGGGCCAAGUCAAGUACGAUAUCAACCUCAACUCAACUAAGUACAUUUCCUUCAACGCAGAUUUGCCUACUUAUCAAAGCAUAUGUCUAGGAACAAGAAACUUGCCAGACAGAGAAUGUUUCACUUAUCUUGAGGUCGGCGAGAACCUGCCUAAAGGAACCUUUGUCUUGUUCGUAGACGAAAGUAAAGAGGUGAUUGAUAUAGCAUUCCAUAUUGGAGGUGAGGAGUGGACUACAGAAUUGGUCGAUGUUGCUCAGACUCCCCGGCCGAACAUGAACCCAGUCGUGAAACAGGCUCCAAAAAAACAGCAGCAGCAUCAGACUGUCAAGCAAAAGGUGGUCAGGACGAAGAUUGUCGAGAUUGACGGAAAGGAAACAAAGAUUGAGGAGGAAGUUGAAGAGGAAGUAGAGGAGGAUAACAGAUCGUGGAUCCAGAAAAACUGGAUGUGGGUUGUCAUUCCGCUUGUGGUCAUGAUGGUGAUGACCCCUGAGGAGGAGAAGAAGCAGUAG